GGCGUAGCGACAGACAAUAGGCCUAUAAAUAGAAACCUUGUAGGACUAUGCAGCUAAUUAUGAUUUGUUGCAACGUAGCAACAGAUCAUGCCAAGGGCAACGUCAAUGCAUGCUUACAUGCACAUGGCCGGAACACAUGGGGGCGCCGGCAUAGCCCGCGGUUAGAGGAAACAUCUGAUUGGGAAAGAUCUCCAGCCCUCCCCCCCUGGUCCCUGGACUACAGAGGGAGAAAUAACCCCUGUGGCAAUAUGGUGUAGUAUAAAAGGCUAUA